CGCCGCCGCCGCCGCCGCUGCACCGGGCUGAGGAGGAGGCAGAUGAUGAGCGGAGCAGACCGACAGCCUCUGUCCACCGAACCCUCUCUGCCUGUCGCAGCAGCGGACACCAUGAAGAGCAAACCGAGGAGUAAACCUUCAUCCGCAGAGGACUGAGCGAAGCGGCAGCAUGGCGGGGGGUCGGAGGGGACUCGUGGCCCCCCAGAACACUUUUUUGGAAAAUAUUGUCAGGCGGUCGAACGUUUGGACUCUGUCACAUAGACAGACAGACACCAACUUCGUCCUGGGGAACGCCCAGAUAGUCGACUGGCCCAUCGUCUACAGCAAUGACGGUUUCUGCAAGCUGUCGGGCUACCACAGAGCAGAAGUGAUGCAGAAAAGCAGCACCUGCAGCUUCAUGUACGGGGAGCUCACAGACAAGGACACGACGGAAAAAGUCAGACUAACCUUUGAGAAUUAUGAGAUGAACUCGUUUGAAAUACUGAUGUACAAGAAGAACAGAACACCGGUUUGGUUCUUUGUGAAGAUUGCUCCCAUUCGAAACGAGCAGGAGAAAGUGGUUCUGUUCCUGUGCACGUUCAGCGACAUCACGGCCUUCAAGCAGCCCAUUGAAGACGACUCUUCCAAAGGCUGGGGGAAGUUUGCCCGACUGACCCGGGCUUUAACAAGCAGCCGGGGGGUUUUACAGCAGCUGCAGCCCACGGUUCAUAAAGGGGAGAACGUCCACAAGCACUCCCGUCUGGCUGAGGUCCUGCAGCUCGGCUCCGACAUCCUACCUCAGUACAAGCAGGAGACCCCCAAAACCCCUCCUCACAUCAUCCUGCACUACUGCCUGUUCAAGACCACGUGGGACUGGGUCAUCCUCAUCCUCACCUUCUACACGGCCAUCAUGGUGCCGUACAACGUCUCCUUCAAGACAAAGCAGAACAACGUGACGUGGCUGGUGGUGGACAGCAUUGUGGACGUCAUUUUCUUGGUGGAUAUUGUUUUAAACUUUCACACCACCUUCGUUGGACCAGCGGGGGAGGUUAUCUCCGACCCCAAACUGAUCCGAAUGAACUACCUGAAGACCUGGUUUGUCAUCGACCUGCUGUCCUGCUUGCCGUAUGAUGUCAUCAACGCCUUUGAGAACGUCGAUGAGGAUUGGAACCACCGAGCGGUCACUCAAGGGAUCAGCAGUCUGUUCAGCUCCCUUAAAGUGGUCCGUCUGCUGCGCUUGGGUCGGGUUGCCCGUAAACUGGAUCACUACAUCGAGUACGGGGCGGCUGUUCUGGUGCUGCUCGUCUGUGUUUUUGGGCUGGCCGCACACUGGCUCGCCUGCAUUUGGUACAGCAUUGGGGAUUAUGAAGUCAUUGAUGAGGAAACCAAUGUCAUCCGGAUGGACAGCUGGCUUUACAUCCUGGCGGAGACGGUGGGCCGGCCGUACCGCUUCAACACCAGCGGGUCAGGGAAGUGGGAGGGCGGGCCCAACAAGGACUCGGUCUAUAUCACAUCCCUGUACUUCACUAUGACCAGCCUGACCAGCAUCGGCUUCGGUAACAUCGCCCCAACCACGGACGGAGAGAAGAUCUUUGCUGUGGCUAUGAUGAUGAUCGGAUCCCUUCUUUAUGCCACCAUCUUUGGUAACGUGACAACAAUCUUCCAGCAGAUGUACGCCAACACAAACCGCUACCAUGAGAUGCUCAACAGCGUGCGGGACUUUCUGAAACUCUACCAGGUGCCCAAAGGCUUGAGUGAGCGAGUCAUGGACUACAUCGCCUCCACCUGGUCCAUGUCACGGGGUAUAGACACAGAAAAGGUGCUGCAGAUUUGUCCAAAGGACAUGAGAGCAGACAUCUGUGUUCAUCUUAACCGGAAGGUUUUCAAAGAGCACCCAGCUUUCCGACUGGCCAGCGAUGGGUGUCUCAGAGCUCUGGCCAUGGAGUUUCAGACGAUCCACUGCGCUCCUGGCGAUCUGAUCUACCACGCUGGUGAAAGUGUGGACAGCCUCUGUUUCGUGGUGUCAGGAUCCUUGGAGGUCAUUCAGGAUGAUGAGGUGGUGGCUAUUUUAGGUAAGGGAGACGUGUUCGGGGACGUUUUCUGGAAGGAGGUGACUCUGGCUCAGGCCUGCGCCAACGUCAGAGCGCUGACCUACUGCGACCUCCACGUCAUUAAGCGUGACGCUCUGCAGAAGGUGCUGGAGUUCUACACGGCGUUCGCCAACCACUUCUCCAGAAACCUGCUGCUCACUUACAACCUGCGGAAGAGGAUUGUCUUCCGGAAAAUUAGUGAUGUCAAACGUGAAGAAGAAGAGCGACAACGGCGUAAAAACGAAGCCCCUUUGAACUUGCCACCAGAUCACCCCGUCCGAAAACUCUUCCAGCGUUUCCGGCAGCAGAAGGAAGCCCGCAUGGCGACCAAGCAACCGGACCCCGAUAUACAAGAUGUGGAGAAGGGCCCGGUCUAUGUGGACAUCCCGAUGGCUAAAGCAGCCAUUACAACUACCAGCAUUGUCACAGUAACAGAAAGCCCUGCAACACCUUCCUCAUCAGUCACUUCACCUUCAUCACCUCCCAACUGCCCCCCCUCAGAUACAGCAAAGCUUCAGGUGCCCUCCCCCAUUUCUCUGGCAGGGUGUCGGCCUGCUGAGCCGGUCAAAGUCAAAGGCUGGGGUCGCUUCAAGGAGUCGAUGGCUAAAGCUGACAACUGGAACAAAGUGUCCAAAGCUGAAUCCAUGGAGACUUUACCCGAGCGGACCACAGCGCACGAGUCACAGACGUCUCUAAAGAAGACGGACUCGUGUGACAGCGGCAUCACCAAAAGUGACCUACGUCUGGACAAAGUGGGCGAGUUUCGUAUGACUCCCCAGGACCGUAGUCCUGCCCAGCCUCCAGAAACCAGGCAUGCCUUCUACCCCAUCCCAGAGCAAACACUUCAGGCAUCCCUUCAGGAGCUCAAACUGGAGCUGAAGGAUGAUCUCAAGAACUUGAACGUUCGAAUGUCUAGCCUCGAGGCGCAACUUGCAGAAGCACUUAAACUCCUCAAAGGCAGGAAAUCGAGCACUGGCUCUCCGCAGCCUCUGUUUGACAUUUCUAGGCCUGGUACACCAGAACUGGACAAAGAGGACAUUUUCUCUUGAAGGAUAGAAGCAUCAUCAGGUAACAGUGAUCCCUGAACUCAGCUGGAAUCCAGUAAUGCUGAGAUUGCUAGGAUAGCUGAGGCUGCACACCCUCAAAUGUUAGGUGUGGAUGUGGUCUGUCAGAGCCACUAGCCUUCAAAAUAAGGUGUGCCUGCUGCUGGUUAACGUAGAACCGUGGACAGUUCAAGGUCAGAGCCAAGAUUAUGGCAUUGUAGCACUGAAGACUUGAAGGUUAUGUAACAAAAGAUAGAUUUAGGUUUGUACAUAGUUUAUUUUUCCACUGCGCUGUGUUGGAAAAAUAUUUUGCUCUGUUUGAUUUGAUCUCAGCUGUGGAGCUUACAGCAGAAUCAUAUCUGUUGUGAGGCCCCAAUGGAGGCAGCAUGACCCACUGGUUUAUUAUUGAAUCAUUCGUAUGAGAUUCUUUGCAUGUCAUAUAAAAUAGAUGUGUACUUCUUGCAGAUGGGGCGUAUUUUUGAUGAAUUGAGGCCGCACAGCGAGUCAUUUGCAUCAUUUCACACCAACAGUGGGGGAAAGAACAGACUUUGCAGAUGUUAAGACUAUCGGAGAGUCAUUUUCUCAAACCCAUCUCUCAUUCAAAUCUGCUGGGAUCAUUAUGAAUUAAACAACAGAUAACUCUGGUCAGGCAAUCUGAUUUCCAAAACAUGUUUGAGUGGCGCUUACAAUGUAAUUACCAUAAACCGCUAAUAGAUGUGCUCGAUGGAAAAUGAAUUUAAAUGUUAACUAGUGAGGCAGCAGCGAGGAAGUUAUCAAUCUUUUCUGAAGUCUAAAAUUUCUUAAUUACAUCUGUGUCCACAGUCACCACAUGCAUCAUAUGGUAUUGUGUGGAAGUUGUGCUAUUUUAGCUUUGGUGAUGGAUUUCAAAAUUUGAUUAUGCAAACGAUGGUACUGAUUAUAGCUCUGUGUUGUACCUUCUUUUAAACUCUCAUGAACACAACGAGAAAUGCUGGUUCACAUAAAAAUAUAUAUAUUUAUAUUUCACUAAAAUACAGUCUCACAACAUAAAUUAAGACAAUUGAGUCAUCUGCAUCUGGUUAAGUAAUAACUUUUGUUUUAAAUGUCCCUCACAAUUUUUUAAACAAUUCAAACCAGCUGCCACCAUGCAUGAUUUAAUGUUUCUCUUUUCAUGUUUACUCAGCUUUUAUUCUGGAACUCCAACAGAAUGAUUUUGCAUGAUUUUAAAAAAGUAACCCUCUCCUAUAAUUUUUAAGCAUCUCCUUGGUUCAUUUUUUUGUGUUUUCUAAAGUCCUGUUUUUGUUUGAUUUGGCCAAACAUUUAUAGAUUUUCAGUAGUGCAAUAUGGACCUACUGUUUUGGUACACAUGCUUAUUUCUGACAAAACUUUAAUCAGCUUUUCACUAAAAAUAAAUUAAUUAAUAAAGUUUUAAAAAAUAUGACUUUUUCAAGCAUUACCAUAUAAAAAAGAAGCUAUGCUAAUUUUAUGGUCCGUUAGGGCAAACUUUAGCAAACUGCAAAGCAAAUACUGCAGUAAAACUAAUAAACUACAAGCAAAACAGGUUCAUCUUGAUUAUAAAAAAGUAUAAUUAAAUAAAAUAAAGAGCCUUAUUUGAGCCUGUCUGUCACUGAUAUUGCAUGUUUACAUUACAUUUACUUGCAUAUUUAUAUUUAAUGCUUGAAACAAUCAUGUAUAUAUCACAAAAUCCGGGUUAAUGGCAUGAACUAAGACCAUAUUGCACCAUCAAAUACAAAUUUCCUCUACAUAACAAUAGGAAACUGAAUGGUUAUUCUUAAUAAGUUUAUUGUUAUUUUAUUGUUUUACAGUAACCCUACUACAACUAUCACCACAUUUAACGACUAAAACACAAAGUUUCCUAGAUGCCUGUAUUAUAAUAAAAAUAGCAAUUUUGUCUGGAAACACGAUUUGCUACUUUAAUGGACAAUUUGACUAUCUUUACACAGGAUUAACUUGCAACUGACUUCACACGUAAACAAGCUGCAUGCGUCCGCAUCUACAAGAUAAGUUAUUCGGUAGAAUAUCAAGACAUAUCAUUUGAGUUGAAACCUUUUAACCCUAUUAGAUUAUUUUAUUGCACCCAUUUUGUUGGUGAAUUAUGAGUUCAGCUAAAUUAAAAGGUUAAGCAAAGUGAAUAUCUGUAAAUGGAUGGACUAUAAUUUAUUUUUAGUAUAAAAUUCUACAAAAUUAAAUCUAUUUUGAUGACAGAAAAGAAUAAAAAGAGGUAGUUUGGUAGCAAUUAAGACACAUGUUGAGAGAAAAAUUUGCAUCAAAUAUGAAACAAUUCAGAAUCAAGAGUUCUGGUUUUAAGCAAUAUAUAAGCAACACAUUUACCUGUAUAAGUGAUUUUUUUUAUCUAAAUCAUUAAUUGGUGUCCUGAUUAAAAGAAUACCAUUCAAUUAUGUAUAAUACUGUCAAUUUUUUUUAUUCUGCUGUUUUAGGCAGGCAAACGCCUGACUAAAUGAACUCAAACAUAUCACAGAUAUCAACACUUAAAACAAAUAAUUGUGGACAAGAACUCUAAGGGGGGUUUAGGAUUUACUUUUGUUAAAUCAGCAGUUUUGUUAAAUCAGCAUCAACAUGUGAAACCAUUCUUUUAUCCAACAGUGAAGGAGAAAUCAUUGCUCUGUAA